AACAAAAACGUAAUCAUGUAAUGAAUAAGAAAAUAGAGGAAAAAGAAAAGAAGAUAGCUCUGCAGACCUGCUUAUUGGACUACUAUUGCUCUGUCCCAUCAGUUCUGCUGUUCCUCCACAAACCGAAGACAAACAGGAACUCAGAGAACAAGAACAUGGAGUGCUGGCAGCAACAUGUUUGCUUAUGGGUUCAGGCUUGUCCACAGCCCAAAAUGCUGCCCCACACACUGUGACUGCUUUGUCCACAGAGAGGGUGAUCACCUGUGAUGACCUCUACAAUGUCCAUCGCUUGAGCUGUGACAGCGGAGUGAUCAGUGUGCAGACAGCCCUGUACGGACGCACAGACAGUGAGACGUGCAGUCAGGGCAGAACCACAGAUCAGCUUUCCAAUACAAAGUGCUCUCAACAGGGCACACUGGAUUUCCUCAAGAGAAGCUGUGACGGCAAGAGAGUGUGUGAAAUCAAUACAAAUGCUGUUCGUACUUCUGAUCCCUGCCCUGGCAUCUACAAAUACCUGGACACCACCUACGCCUGCUUAUUUGGGGUCCACGCUGUAGCAUGUGAAUCCUCCAUCUUAAACCUUCACUGUGAUGGACAGCAGGUUAUAUUUGUCUACGGGGCUGAUUAUGGACGCCACGACCAGACCACAUGUUCCUUCCAGCGUUCUGCCUCUCAUGUCCAAAAUGUCCAGUGCUCAGGGCCCACUACCAAAGUUGCUGAAAGGUGUAAUGGGAAAAGGAGCUGUGCUAUCAAAGCGAGCAACUCAGAGUUUGGAGACUCUUGUGUCGACACUUACAAAUACCUGGAGGUUGAUUAUGUGUGCCAUGAUCCUCCGCUUUAGCUGAAAAGCUGAAGUCACAAUAUCAUCACAAAACACACGCUUGUAUAUGAAAUGUAUACUGAAAUAAUCCAGAAACCAAUCAGCUCAAAUUCCAUACACACCAUAUGACUGAAAGUAUGCCAAUUUAAUGUGCCUUUAAUUAAUUUUCUCUGGUACAUUUACUUUUAUUCUGCUGUACCUUUUUCUAU